AUGGAAUCUCACUUCGACGAAACCUGUCAACGCUUUUUUUAUAGUGGCCUCCUGGUUGCUAUGGUAACUGAUCGAGAUGGUGUGAUUGUCUUGAAAAGCUCUUCAGAAAAAGUAAAAGAUAACAUGACUGAACCUAUCAUUCCCACUACUUUUGCUAUAGCCAAUAAUCAGGCUUCUAAGCUCGGACUUGGACAUAACAAAAGUAUCAUCGGUGUCUAUGAUCAAUAUCAAAUUAUCCAAUUGGACCAGGCACCUUUUGUGAUCACAAUUAUUGCAGAAUCCAAUGCUAAUACAGGCUUAUUUAGAAAUUUGGGUAAUGAUUUGUUGAAAUUAACAAAACCACUUGUAGAAUCAAUGAAUGAAUGA